AUGGUCUUCUCACUCCGCAAGGCCUUCGCGGCCCUCCUCGUCACGACCGCAACAGUCUACGCCCUCCCCUCAGACUCCUCCUCGUCAACAGAAUCGACGGUAAACACAACCACCCUCGCCGCCACCUCCUCAAACUCGACAGUCUGCAACAACUCCCCGUCCCUUUGCAGCCGCAAGUACAACAACAUCACCCACAUGGGCGCCCACGACAGCGCCUUCCUCCGCGACGCCAGCACUUCAAACUCCAUCGCCGGUAACCAGUACUACAACGCCACCGUCGCCCUCAACUCGGGUCUGCGCCUGCUCCAGGCCCAGGUCCACCUCGUCAACGGCACCUCGGGCAGCGUCCUCCAGCUCUGCCACACCACCUGCAGCCUCCUCGACGCCGGCACCCUCGAGAACUGGCUCUCCGCCGUCAAGGACUGGAUGGACAAGCACACCGACGACGUCGUGACCAUCCUCCUCGUCAACUCGGACAACCAGGCCGCCUCGGCCUUUGGCAAGGUCUUUGAGUCCUCGGGCAUCUCCAAGUACGGCUACAAGCCCUCCACCUCCUCCGCGACCUCGAGCUGGCCCACCCUCCAGACCAUGAUCGACGCAGACACCCGCCUCGUCACGUUCGUCGCCUCCAUCACCGCCGACACGGGCUACCCUUACCUCCUCCCCGAGUUCGCCUACGUCUUCGAGACGGCCUACGAAGUCACCUCCGCCGGCUUCAACUGCACAAUCGACCGGCCCUCAACCUACUCCACCGCCGCCGCCGCCGUCACGGCAAACAUGCUGCCCCUCAUGAACCACUUCCGGUACCAGACCCUCGCCACCGACAUCCUCAUCCCGGACGUCAGCGACAUCGACACGACCAACUCGGCCUCCACCAGCACGGCGGGCAACCUCGGCCUCCACGCGCAGACGUGCAAGAGCCAGUGGGGCACCAAGCCCGUCUUCGUCCUCGUCGACUUCUUCAACAAGGGCCCUGCCAUUGACGCCGCAGAUAACCUCAACGGCCUCUCUUCCUCCGACAUCUCGGGCCGCAGCAGCAGUAACAGCGCCACUGCGAGCUCGAGCAGCGGCAAGUCUGCCGGCAGAGCGCCCGGUGGUAUGGAGACCGGCGCGCUCGUCGCGUUCCUCGCCGCCGCCGUGUUCUUGUUUUAA